GAGUUCAGUAGUUGUGUUUUUGGCGUUAGAAGUGUACUUCAUAAAUAAUUUUUAAUCUAAUAUUUUAACAAACACAAAAUCACUUUUUUUUCUGCUCGAUCGCGUGCCUGCCCGUUUGUGUGUGUGUUCGUGUUUGUUUGUUUGUUUGUGUGUGUGCUGUGUGAAACAGCUGUGCGCGUAAGAGCGAAACAACAAAAAAUAAUCCAUAACCAGAGUGCAAAAGUACUAAGAAUAGAGCUACCUUCCCCUCCUCCUCCUCCGACACCCACAUCCGUCUACUACUCUAUCAACUUUUUUAGUGAAUGGAAUGUCGUAGAAUUUUCGCCGUUAGGGUCAUCAAUGACGACGGGCUGAUAACGGGAUUGGAUUGCAACUGGAUAACUAGCCCCAACCGAUUUUAAACGAUUUUAAUGCUGGGAUAAACAAAAAAAAACACAAAAAAUAAGAGAGAGAGAGAGAGAGAGGCAAAAGCCAAUCGAGCAACGAUGGCAAAGGUCACGAACUGGGACAAGUUCGUCCUUCUGCUUUGGAAGAACUGGACGCUACAAUGGAGCCACAAGUGGCAGAUGGUCAUCGAACUGGUGCUGCCAGCUAUUUUCUCCCUGCUGCUGGUCCUCGUCCGCACUCUGGUCGACACCGAACCGAUGCCUGUGAAGAAUUACGAAUUUGAGCCACUCGAUAAUCUGGAUCUUCUGAGACAUUCGUUGCAUAGUUCGUCCUACGUCGGCAAACUCCUAGAGCUGAUUGCACCCAACCGAAGGAGCAAGAGCGCAUCGCUUCUGAGCAACUUCAAGUUUGAACUGUACUACUCACCGUACAGUCCCGUGCUGGACCAGCUCGUAAAUGAGACCUGCAGGAUAUUGCAGCUUAAGGAUUAUCACUCUUCGGUGGAUGCGGCCACAUUGCAGGCGAAGCUGGUUGCGGAGGGGGCCUUUGCGGGCAUACAAUUCAGCGACGAUUGGUCGGGGAUCACAGAACUGCCGGAUGACUUCCAUUUUUCGCUGAGAUUCCCAUCGGAGCUGCGAACAGCAACGAUAGCGAUAGCCAACACGUGGCUGACGAUGCGCCUCUUUCCCACCAUUGACUUGACGGGGCCGAGGAAUGAGCCCGAUAACGAUGGUGGCAUACCGGUGGGCUAUCUGCGCGAGGGCUUCCUGCCCCUGCAGCAUGUCCUCUCGAUGAGCUAUCUGCGGCAGAAGGCCGAGGAUCUGGCGCAGAAUGUAACCCUGCCGGAGGUGGUGAUGCAGCGAUAUCCGUUUCCGGCCUACAUCUUCGAUCCCCUGCUGGAGGGCAUGUCCUCGAUAAUGUCGCUGAUCAUCCUGCUGAGCUUCAUCUAUCCGUGCACGUACAUCACAAAGUACAUCACCGCCGAAAAGGAGAAGCAGCUCAAGGAGGUGAUGAAGAUCAUGGGCCUCAGCAAUUGGCUGCACUGGACCGCCUGGUUCGUCAAGUCCUUCAUCAUGCUGACCAUUUCGGCGAUCCUCAUCGCCAUACUCGUGAAGAUCAACUGGAGCGAAGACGUGGCCGUUCUCACCCAUGCCAAUUUCACCGCCCUGGUCUUCUUUCUGAUCAUCUACAUCAUUGCGAGCAUCUGCUUUUGCUUCAUGAUGGCCACAUUCUUCUCCAAGGCGAGCACGGCGGCGGCUGUCACUGGCCUGAUCUGGUUCAUUGCCUACAUACCGUUCUCCUUUACCAUAAACACGUACGAUGAUCUCAGCCUGGGCACGAAGCUCGGCUGGAGCUUGAUCUCCAACACAGCCAUGGGCUUUGGCAUCAAGCUGAUCCUCGGCUUCGAGGGCACCGGCGAGGGUCUCCAGUGGAGCAAUUUCUUUACGCCCGUCUCCGUGGACGAUACGCUGACGGUGGGCGCUGUGAUGCUGAUGAUGCUUGCCUCCUGCUUCAUUUGCAUGACCAUCUGUCUGUAUGUGGAGCAGAUAAUGCCGGGCAGUUUUGGCGUGCCAAAGCCAUGGAAUUUCCCCUUUACCAGGGAGUUUUGGUGCGGCGAAAGGGAGUACAUGGGCGUCGAAGAUAUGCCAGCGAAUGGGGGGCUGGAGGAGCAGCGCGAUCCGAAUGCAUUCGAAAGGGAACCGGAGGGCAAACACAUCGGUGUACAGAUGCGGCAUCUGAAGAAGAAAUUCGCCGACAAAAUGGUCGUCAAGGGCCUCUCGAUGAACAUGUUCGAGGAUGAGAUCACAGUCCUACUCGGACACAAUGGCGCCGGCAAGACAACAACGAUAUCGAUGCUAACGGGCAUGUUCCCGCCGACCAGUGGCACGGCCAUACUCAACGGCAGCGACAUACGCACCAAUAUCGAGGGGGCGCGCAUGUCCCUCGGCAUCUGUCCGCAGCACAAUGUCCUCUUCGAUGAGAUGAGCGUCGCGAAUCACAUUCGCUUCUUCAGCCGCAUGAAGGGGCUGCGCGGCAAGGCCGUCGAGCGUGAGGUGAACAAAUACCUGAAGAUGAUCGAGCUGGAGGACAAGGCGGACGUGGCCUCAUCGAAGCUAUCGGGCGGCAUGAAGCGUAAGCUAUCCGUCUGCUGUGCCCUGUGCGGCGACACCAAGGUGGUGCUGUGCGAUGAGCCCAGCUCGGGCAUGGAUCCGUCUGCACGCCGCCAGCUGUGGGAUCUGCUGCAGCAGGAGAAGGUUGGCCGUACCUUGCUGCUGACGACACACUUCAUGGACGAGGCGGAUGUGCUCGGCGAUCGCAUAGCCAUCAUGUGCGAUGGCGAGCUCAAGUGUCAUGGCACAUCGUUCUUUUUGAAGAAGAAAUAUGGCUCUGGCUAUCGAUUGAUCUGCGUGAAGCGCGACAAUUGCGAGACGAAUGAGGUGACGGCCCUGCUGCAGAAGUAUGUGCCGGGACUGCAGCCCGAAUGCGAUAUUGGGGCCGAAUUGUCGUACCAAUUGCCGGAUAGCUACUCCUCGAAAUUCGAGGAGAUGUUCGGCCAGCUGGAGGAGCAAUCGGAUGAGCUGCAUCUGAAUGGCUAUGGCGUGGGCAUCACCUCCAUGGAGGAGGUCUUCAUGAAGGUCGGCGCCGAGAAGGAUGGCGCCGGCAAUCUCAAGGAUGCCAGCGAAAUAAUGAACGGCGGCACUGGCUAUGGCAAGGAGGACAACAAUCAUCAUCAUCAUCAGCACCAGGACAACGAAUCCAUACAGUCCGAUGGCAUCUUCUCCGAGAACCGUCGCCUGCUCCAGGGCAUGCAGCUCCUGUCCAACCAAUGGAAGGCCAUGCUGCUCAAGAAGAUCCUCUACACGUGGCGCAACAAGCUGCUGCUGCUCAUCCAGAACAUAAUGCCCAUUUUCUUUGUGGUUGUCACAAUACUGAUCAUCGAAACGCAGGGCACCUUCAUGGAACUGAAGCCCAUCACCAUGUCCCUCACCCAGUAUCCGUUGGCUGUCACGGUGCUGGAGCGGCAGGGUCUGGGUAAUGGCACGCAGGGCGAUCGCAUAGCCACACAAUACGCCGCCCUGGCCCAGUCCUAUGGCAGCAACUACGAGCUGGCGGAGACGCCCACGCAGAGCACAUUCACCAACUACAUCCUGGAGCUGGGCAAGACGAUACAGGUGCGGAUCAAUGCGCGCUACCUGGCGGCGGCCACCGUCAACGAGACGGCCAUUGUGGCCUGGCUGAACAAUCAGCCACUGCAUACGGCGCCACUCACCGUCAAUUUGGCGCACAAUGCCAUUGGCAGGGCCCUCGAUCCCAAUAUCAGUAUUUCCGUGACGAAUGCCCCACUGCCGUACACCACAGACACGCUGCUCUCACAGCUCUCGAUGGGCAAUAAUCUGGGCACACAAUUGGCCUCCAAUUUGUGCUUCUGCAUGUGCUUCGUCAGCUCCAUUUAUAUCCUGUUCAUGAUCAAGGAGCGCGAGUCGCGGGCCAAGCUGCUCCAGUUCGUCGGCGGCGUCAAGGUGUGGACCUUCUGGCUGUCGCAAUUCAUCUGCGACUUUGCCACCUACAUAUUCACGGCCCUCAUUGUGAUCCUCACGAUACUGUGCUUCCAAGAGGCGGGUCUCUCAUCGUUCGGCGAGCUGGGCCGUUACUUCCUGCUGCUGCUGCUCUUUGGCUUCUCGGCGCUGCCAUUCAUCUACAUCAUGUCGCUGUUCUUUAGGGAGCCCGCCACCGGAUUCGCACGCGUCUCCAUCAUCAAUAUCUUCUGCGGCAUGGCCCUGUUCAUUGUCGUUGUGGUGAUGUCCUCGGAUUUCUUUGAUACCAAGGACACGGCUGAUGUCCUCGGCUGGGUGUUCCGCAUCUUUCCACACUUUUCGCUGGCCAUGGGCCUCAACAAGGUGUACAUCAAUACGGCCACGAGGAAUGCCUGCGAAAAGGUCGGCCUGCCACCCAUUCUACUGUGCGAAAUGAUACCCAAAUGUUGCAAUAUGAAGGCAUACUUUGCCUGGGCAGAGCCUGGCGUGGGGCCCGAAACCGUCUACAUGGCCACAACGGGCGUUGUAUUUUUCCUCAUCAUCAUUGUCCUCGAAUUCCGACUCGUCAGCGAGCUCAUCUACAAGAUACGCAAAGUGGCAACCAAAGCACCAGCGCCACCCGAGGAGGGUUACCUGGACGACGAUGUGGCCCAAGAGCGCGAGCGCAUUUUCAAUAUGAGCGCCAACGAAUUGGCCGCCAAGAAUCUGGUAUUGGAUCGUGUGACCAAAUAUUAUGGAAACUUUUUGGCCGUCAAUCAAGUGUCGCUCUGUGUGCAGGAAGUUGAAUGCUUCGGCCUGUUGGGCGUUAAUGGAGCUGGCAAGACGACCACCUUCAAGAUGAUGACGGGCGACGAGCGCAUCAGCUCGGGUGCGGCCUAUGUGCAGGGUCUGAGCCUGGAGUCGGAUAUGAAUAGCAUCUACAAGAUGAUCGGCUACUGUCCGCAGUUCGAUGCCCUGCUGGACGAUCUAACGGGGCGCGAGGUGCUGCGCAUUUUCUGUCUGUUGCGUGGCGUCCAGGAUGGCCGAAUCAAGCAGUUGUCGGAGGAUCUGGCCAAGUCGUUUGGCUUCAUGAAGCACAUGGAUAAGCGAACGGCCGCCUACAGCGGUGGCAACAAGCGAAAGCUGAGCACCGCCAUAGCCGUCAUUGGCAGCCCCUCGGUGGUGUAUUUGGAUGAGCCGACAACGGGCAUGGAUCCGGCCGCACGACGACAGCUGUGGAACAUGGUCUGUCGCAUCCGUGACUCGGGCAAAUCGAUUGUCCUCACCUCGCACAGCAUGGAGGAGUGCGAGGCGCUGUGCACGCGUCUGGCGAUCAUGGUCAAUGGGGAGUUCAAGUGCAUUGGCAGCACACAGCAUCUGAAGAAUAAGUUCUCCAAGGGCCUUAUACUGAAGAUCAAGGUGCGACGAAAUGUGGAUGCACUGCGGCAGAUCCGACACAGCAGCAGCUUUACAGCGGGCACAAGGAAUGCCGAUGAGCAGACGGUGCCCGAGCAGAUGGCCCAGCAGAGCAUCAACGACGUGAAGGAGUUUGUGGAGCGUGAAUAUCCACAUUCCAUAUUGCAAGAGGAAUAUCAGGGCAUUUUAACAUUCUACAUUCCAUUGACUGGCGUCAAAUGGUCGCGCAUAUUUGGCCUAAUGGAGACAAAUCGUGAGGACUUGAAUGUUGAGGAUUAUUCGGUCAGUCAGACCACAUUGGAGGAGAUAUUCCUUGAGUUUGCCAAGUACCAGCGCGAGGAUACGCGUGCCCAACACCAAGGCCACAUCUCAAAAUUGAGAAAACUAUGCAAAUCCCUCCUAGAUAAUGAGUAUUGAGAGAAAGCAACUACCUAAACGAAUUGGAUCGUAUCGGAUCUGAUCGGAUCUUCUGUGACCUGAUGCCUGAAUACACAAAAUAGUUUCUAAGACUCUUAACACAAAAACCAGACAAAAGAUAAUGCAACAUGAAUGCCUUGUUACCUUGUGAUCUACUA